CUCCCUCCCUCCCGCCUAGGCUGCUCCACUCGCUUUCGCUCCGCUCGGCCUUCCCAGGCCCUCCCGCGCUGCUCAACAUGGCCGCUGCGGUGCGGCCGGGCGCGGAGCCGUGGAACCGCGUUAGGAUCCCCCAGGCAGGGAACUGCAGCACACUGACGGUGCAGGACCCCAGCGCCACCCUGGAUGUCUGCAUUGCAGCUGUCAUUAAAGGGUGCCACCUUGUCACACAGUCACUCAAGAGCCAGACCUUGGAUGCAGAAGUCGAUGUGUUAUGCUCAGUUCUCUACAGCAAUCACAACAGACUGGGCCGCCACAGGUCCCAUUUGGCCCUCAAACAGGUAGAACAGUGCUUAAAGCGUUUGAAACACAUGAAUUUGGAAGGCUCAAUUGAAGACCUCUCACAGUUGUCUGCCAAUGCAACUCAGCCGGGAGCUACGGAAAACCGCGUGGUGCCCAGCCAGCCGGUGGUGGAGGUGGUGCUGAUGAAGGUUCUGGGAGGUUGCAAGUUGUUACUGCGCUUGCUGGACUGCUGCUGCAAGACAUUUCUGUUGUGCGUGAAGCACCUAGGGCUACGGGAAUUCAUUAUUUUGAACCUUGUGAUGGUUGGGCUGGUGAGCAGGUUAUGGGUUCUCCAUAAAGGACUUCUGAGAAGGCUGAUUUCCCUCUAUGAGCCAUUGCUUAGAUUGCAUCAGGAGAUCUCCAGGAUUCAGCCCAUGCCUUACUUCAAAGAUUUUGCCUUUCCCUCUGACAUCACUGACUUUCUAGGGCCCUCUUACCUUGAAGUCUUUAAGGGGAAAACACCUGCAGCUUUUGCUACUAAAGGAGUAACAAAGUUGCUAAAUAAACUAUUUUUAAUGAGAGAACAACUACCAAAGAUCAAUGGAGACACCCUAGAUAGACUUUCCAAGCCAUCUGAACAAACAAAACAUGGUCCACAAAGCAGUGUGGACCUGGGACAGCCUGUGAAAGCCUGUAAAAGGACCAAAAACGAAAAGCCAUUGGGAUUUGACGUGCGGGUUUUCUGCACAAGACUUCGAAACAAAGCUACUCAGGAGACCAACAGCGAGUUUAAAUAUUUACAGUCCAAACUGAAGACAACCAAAAUUUCCUCUCAGAAACUCCACUCUCACUGGGCUAACAAUACUGUGCAAAGAAUCGGAAGGACCAUGACAUUCACCCAACUUUCUGAAGAAAUCAAAAUGGCAAUUGUGUGGUCUCGAAGCCAAAAGCUCAAGGCUCAGGCCACCUAUCUGGGCAACAAACUUCUUAAGAGUAAUAGACUUAGACAUGUGGAGUCUCAAGGUUAUAGUUUGCCAAAGAAGCUACAGUGCAUGAAAACAUCUCUUUGUAACUGCCUUCUCCGAGGAGGCUCUAGUACCAGCACUUCAAAGCAUCGUCCCAGACAAAGAAGAUCAAAGUUUAAAGUUUCAUCAAGACAAAGGAAACCGCAGAGAAAGUUACAGUCAACUCUUUUAAAGGAAACCCAGCAGGUCCCUGAAGGGACUCUGAAGAACACUAGGGACAGCAGUGCUGAGAGGAGAUGCUUUGGGACAAUUCAGAGGUCAGAUGUCUGUCCUAAUGGGAAGCAGGUCUUGAGAAAACUUGCAAAGCCUGACCUAAAAACCAAGAAGAUGGGGACCCUUGGGACUCUUCCAAGGGGCAGUGGAAACGAAUCAGGCUUUCGUUCGAGGAGACAGAUGCGCACACACGAUGUGCCCAACACUGCUAAAGAUGACAUUGAUGAUAUUUUUGCUUUGAUGGGAGUUUAGAUGUACUUGUGUGAAACUUCUGAGCAGUUAACAAGCUGGCCCAGCGUUCUGCUCCUUUAAGAUCUGGAAACACUGCUCAGGCCCAGAGCUGCUUCUGUGCAGUACUCCACCGGGGAGCAUUCAGUUCAAUAAACAGUCAUAGCAGCGUGUGUGUUUAUCAGAUGGUGAGUGUUUGCCUUUGACUGCAAGGUGUUAAAUAUGAUGAACAGUCUGAGGAGCACGCCCUUCAUGACUGAAACAAGUAGGAUUCUGAAUGUUAGAUGAUUUUAUGAUCUACUGUGGAGUUAAAAUCUGAAUAAUUUCACAAAAUCUUGAGUAUCUGAAGGUAAAGAGAACAAGGCUGGAGAAGUAGAGAAGCAAACCAUAAAGAGUCGCCUGGCCUCACUGACCCCGUUCCCUUUGUAAGGUUUGCACAUUUUGUGUGAGGGUGUGUGUAUAUGUGGAUAUCAGAGGGUGAUUUGUGAGAGUUGGUUCUGUCCUUCAUUUAUGGGUCCCAGGGGUGGUGUCCUAGUUAGGGUUUUACUGCUCUGAACAGACACCAUGACAGGGUAACUCUUAUAAGGACACCAUUUAAUUGAGGCUGCCUUACAGGUUCAGAGGUUCAGUCCGUUAUCAUCAAGGUAGGAGCAUGGCAGCAUUCUGGUAGGCAUGGUGCAGGAGGAGCUGAGAGUUCUACAUCUUGUUCUGAAGGCAAACAGAAGACUGGCUUCCAGGCACCUAGGAGGAAGGGCUUAAAGCUCACAGCCACAGUGACACACCUACUCCAACAAGGCCACACUUCUUAAUAGUGCCAAUUCCUGGGCCAGGCAUAGUCAAACCACCACAGGUGGAAUUCAGCUUGUCAGGAAGAGCAUCAUGUGUUUACCCAUGGGCUUAGCCAUCCACCUGCCCAGGUCUUCCUUUUGAAUAACAUGUGAGUGUAUGCUAUGUUAUUAAUGAAUUAUCGAAAGAUUCUCCAUUACUCAAAUGCUUAAAACAAUUACUUAAUCUUCAUUUUGUCACUGUAACUCCUAAGGGGGUAUAUAAAAAGACUUGGUGUUUUCCUAUUUAUUGUUCCUAUGAAACACUGCAAAAAAGUGGCUAAGUGUAUGCCAGGAAUAAGGCCAAUCAUGAACUUGAAACCUGGUAUCAACACCAUCACCUGAGUUUUUGUACACUCCUGUACUGCUAGUUACAAAAUGAGCUGCUCUACCCAUGAGAAAAGGUAAUGUAGUCAUGGGAAAUCUGCUGGGCCCUGCAGGUCAGAGGGGCAAGAGGGGUAAGCUUAGGAGAAAAUACAGUGAGCCCUCCCCCUGCCCUCUGUAGAGACCAGCUGUCCAGUGACAGCAUAGCCUAAGGCCUGCAGCCUGAAACCUUAGGCACAACUGGACACUUGCUUCAAAAGCCCGAGGGUGGGGAUGGUAAGGUGUGAAUCGACAUUGCACACUCACUUCAGCUAGGACACAGCUGAUUUCUGCUAUGAAACUGACUAUACUCAUGGGGCUCAAGAAAGCUACAAGUUGGAGAAUUUCUGAUUGGGGGAGUCUUGGACUUUGGGUAUUCUAUUAAAGUCUGCCAAUAGAUCCAUCUUGUAUCAAAUUCUAUAAUCUGAACCACUUCUGGGUCCUAACUUCACAGAUGAGGGCUGAAAGGAGCUUUAGGUGAUCCAGUUAUAUGUACAGUGUAUGAGAAUUUGUGACCUUUGAAGUCCUCGACACCACUGUGUCAAACCCCUGUUAAGUAGGGCUGGACCUUGCCUUCUGCUCUGGGACCUGUCCUGGUUUCUAGGCUUUUUAGAAUGUGUGAUAUGCGUGUGUAGUAUAUGUCUGUAUACAUGUAUGAGUGUAUGAAUCUCUGGGUGCUUGGGCAUGUACAACUGGGAAGAGGUGUGUACCUGCCUCAUCCUCUGGUCUCUGGGAAUGGAAUUUAGUGCCUCGUAUGCCAGGCAUGGCUUUACUACUGAUUGACGUUCCCUUGCACUGGAGGGCCAUGUCUUGAGAAUGCUCAGAAAGUCCCUCAAGACCAAGCCCCAUGCCUGCCUGUGUGGCGUGGCAUGCUGGGCAAGCAGUCUUUCCACUUCACUGCCCCCUUUUCUGAUCACCUCAUGUCUGCCACUGUGGGAAACGUUGACAGACAGUUCUGCUUUUGGCAGAAGGAUGGCUUUGAAUGUAAUUAUUUUGAUAUCUAUGUUUUGCUUUGUGAAAAAAAAUUAAAACCAGAUUCUUUUUUUUUUUUCAA